AUGCUCGGUGGAUAUCUGAGCUGGCUGGGCCUGCUCUUUGAACCAUUGGCGGAGUGGGACAUCCCCCCAAUACAACCCCAAGCCCGACUGCGCCCCGAAAACCGACCCUGGAAUACGAUUAUCACUGGAGCAUAUGGUGUCCCCGCAGUCUUGAAGCUUCAUGAUAGGAAAGGAAACGUGAGCUGGAGCUGGCAGCGAGAAGACGUGACACAGCCUCUGCCCCCUGCUCUGGAAAGAUGUCUUUGGAGCGAUGCCAAUGAUGCAACCGACCUGAAAUGGAUGCGGAGCGGAAAGAGUGUCGGCGCCGUCUACUCGAACUUGGUCAUGGUCGUCAACCACACCCCGGAGGACCCCGAGAACGAUAAAAAGAUCACGUGGGCCAUUUGUCGCGAUAAUGAGUUCUUUUGGAACGCCCAUGCCCUCGAAGCCCUACCCGGAAACCGGGUGGCGGUCGGUACCACGGGUGAGCGACCGUGGGAUGGAAUCAUCGUGUAUGACAUGAGCAUGGACAAGGAACUCGUUGACGACCCGCCAAUCCUGCAGAAUAUCACGGGGCUCCGCGCCAUCCAUGGGCUGAUCUGGGACGAAGAGGAACAGCUGCUGUGGGCUGCCGGUACAGAUGCCGCAGCUGAUGGUUCGGACCCUGUCCCAGCGUACGGGGCCCUGGUGGCCUAUCCCUUCAAUAGCGAAACGAACGAACUCAGCCAGGAGGAUGCGAAAUGGUACCUCAUGCCCCAUGCUUACGACCAGGAGACGGAAUGGGGCAGUGGUUACCCCUGGUGGGUGGGACCCCAUGAUCUCGUGCCCGUCCCCAACGAGCGCAAGUUCCUCGUCUCGACCGAUCGCGACAUCUAUGAAUUUGAUAUCAACGACGGUGCCUUUAUCAAUGAGGGGACCAAUGUCACUGAUAAGUACAUGCCCGGUUUCGAGGUCACCACAGAUGACCGCCACGGGUUCGAUCGUGCCGGCAACUACUUGGAGUUGCCCCGAUCGGAUCUGAAGGGCUUCAGUCUCGCGCCGGAUGGGUCCUAUGUAUAUGUACAGUCAUUAUGGCGCUUCCUCCGUGGCUUUCACACCAGUAUUGUCGAGAAUGGCGUGCGGAGAAAGAUCAUGGUCGGCGACGAGAUUUAUCGUUCACGUUGGUUCGGAGAGCUGGACGGAUGGCCUAAGCCACGGUAA